AUGACUACCAUUAUUCCACUACUAAAGCAAUACUCAGCACCAGUUUUCGAACGUUAUCCGGUGUUACACAAUUAUGUACCCACUGUGGAGAAGCCCUUUUUCAACAUCAACUUAUGGGAAAACUUCGACCAUUUUGUAACCCUAGCAACUAAUGGCAAAUUUAUUCCAAGCGAAUUCCAAUUUGUCGCUGGUGAACUUCCUCUAAGUGAGCUACAACCAGUACUUAUCGCUAUUGCUACUUACUACAUCGUCAUCUUUGGUGGUAAGUUUGUACUAAGUUACUCCAAACCGUUCAAGUUGAACGGUUUGUUCCAAUUGCAUAACUUGUUUCUAACUACCAUCUCAUUAACAUUGCUGGUUUUGAUGGUAGAGCAAUUGACUCCAAUGAUCUACCAUCACGGUUUAUUCUAUGCCAUCUGUAACGAAGGUGCCUGGACACAACCCAUGGUUACUUUGUACUACAUGAACUACAUUGUUAAGUUUAUUGAGUUUAUUGACACCCUCUUCUUGGUUCUAAAACACAAGAAAUUGACCUUUUUGCACACAUACCAUCAUGGUGCCACAGCUUUGUUAUGCUAUACUCAAUUGGUAGGUACUACCUCCAUCUCUUGGGUGCCAAUUUCUUUGAAUCUGGGUGUUCACGUUGUUAUGUACUGGUAUUAUUUCUUAGCCGCUAGAGGAAUUAGAGUCUGGUGGAAGGAAUGGGUCACUAGAUUCCAGAUCAUCCAAUUCAUUUUGGAUAUUGGUUUUAUCUACUUUGCAGUAUACCAGAAAGCUACCCACUUAUACUUCCCAACUCUGCCACAUUGUGGUGAAUGUGUUGGUUCUACAACCGCUACUUUUGCUGGGUGUGCCAUCAUCUCAUCUUACUUGGUCUUAUUCAUCUCAUUUUACAUCAAUGUCUACAAGCGUAAGGGUUCCAAGGCAAGCAGAGUGGUCAAAAGGGUUCACGGUGGUGUUGCCGCUAAGGUCAAUGAGUACGUUAAUGUUGAUCUACAGAAUGUCUCUACUCCAUCCCCUUCACCAGUUGCCAAAGAUAGAAGAAGAAAGAGAUAA